UGUCCAAACUAGCUUUUUAGUCCAAUAUUUUCCACAACCUAGUGGUUCAAACUUUUGACUUUUAUAAAUCCACAUGUAUAAAGUGGUAAGGAAAAUGAUUGUAAGGUUAGAUCUGCUAUAGUUUGCAGUAAGUCAAUGCCAAAGUCAAGCCCAGCUUCAUCUUUGCUUUUUGCUCUUCCCUUUGUUAAAUUGAUAGCAGAGUAGAAGCUUGAGGUUGAGGUUGAAUCUCCAUGUUGGAGCAAAUGGUUAGUGGAUAAUCAGGAAAAAGCUUUUGCUUGGUGGAAAAAAGAAGCUAUCUUUUAAGAUGGCCCAGCCUAUAGUGACCUUCAUAGUGCAAAGUCUUGGUGAUUUGCUCAUUCAAGAAGCUGUUUUCUUGUAUGGGGUGGAAGACAAAGUGGAGCAGCUGAGAACUGAAUUGAGGAUGAUGCAGUCUUACUUGCAAGAUGCAGACAGAAGGCAAGACGAAGCUGAAGUCCUCCGCAACUGGAUUUCAGAAAUCAGAGAAGCUGCUUAUGAUUCUGAUGAUGUUAUUGAGGCAUAUGCACUCAGAGGAAGAAGAAACUUGACUGCAGGUACUACCCUGAACCUGAACCUCAUCAAAAAGUGUGCUUUAUUCAUCAGACGGUUCAUAGAAAUCCAUCAGGUUGGAUCUCAGGUUGAUAACAUCAUAGAAAGAAUCUCUAGCAUCACAAAGAGUCUUGAAACUUUUGGCAUUCAAUCUGAAAGAGGAGCAGCUUCAGAUUCUGUGCAAGGGAGACAGAGAUCUUUGAGGAGAUCUUACUCUCAUAUCACUGAAGAGGACAUAAUUGGUGUGGAUGAUGAUGUGAAGACUUUGGAGUCAUGUUUGAUUGACACCAAAAAAAGCUAUAGAGUAGUUGCAAUUUGUGGGAUGGGGGGUUUAGGAAAGACUACAUUGGCUAAAAAAGUGUACCAUAGUAGUGAUAUCAGGCACCAUUUUGAUAGCUUUGCUUGGGCUCACAUAUCUCAGCAUUGCCAAGCAAGGUAUGUGUGGGAAGGGAUUCUGUUUAAGCUGAUCUCUCCUUCUAAAGAGCAAAGAGAAGAAAUUGCCAAUUUGAGAGAUGAUGAGCUUGCAAGGAUGCUUAAGGAAGUUCAAGUGGAGAAGAAAUGCUUGGUUGUGCUUGAUGAUAUUUGGAGUGCAGAUACAUGGAGUCAUCUUAGUCCUGCAUUCCCAACUGGGAGAUCACUAUCGGCAGUUGGUAGUAAAAUAUUGCUAACUACUAGAAACACUGAUGUUGCAUUGCAUAUGGAACCUACUCGCUAUCUUCAUGAACCAAGGUGUUUAGAUGAAGAUGACAGCUGGGUGUUGUUCCAAAAGAAGGCAUUUCCAGAAAAUGAUGAUCCAGACUUCAAAAUCAGCAUAGAGAUGGAGAAGUUGGGAAAGGAAAUGGUAGGAAGAUGUGGAGGUUUACCACUGGCCAUAAUUGUUCUUGGAGGACUGCUAGCAUCAAAGCCUACAAUUUAUGAAUGGAACACAGUGCGUCAGAACAUCAAUACAUACUUGAGAAGAGAAAAAGGCCAUGAGCAACACUUAGGGGUAUCUGAAGUUCUGGCUUUGAGCUAUUACGAAUUGCCAUACCAUUUGAAACCAUGUUUCCUGCACUUAGCCCAUUUCCCAGAAAACACAGAGAUACCAACAAAGAAACUAACAAGAAUAUGGGUGGCAGAAGGUAUCAUAUCAUUGGUUCUUCAGAGUGAAGGAGAAGAAGGUGAGGAAGCUCUUGAGGAUGUUGCGCAGCGCUACCUCACUGAGCUCGUGGAAAGGUGCAUGAUUCAGGUAGUUGAAAAGAGUUCAACUGGAAGAAUCAGAACUUGCCAAAUGCAUAACCUCAUGUGGGACCUGUGCAGAUCCAAGGCUAAGCAGGAACACUUUCUUGAGUUGAUUAAUUCAUGGAAUAUAGAUGAUCCUAAGGCCUUGAGACCAAGAGUUCGAAGGGUCGCGUUGUAUCUUGAUCAAGACAAUAUGGAUAGAUUCUUUCCUUCAAAUUUAAAAGGUCACCACCAUCUCAGGUCCCUCCUUUGCUACAACGAAAAAACAACUAGGCUUAGUGAGUGGAGCUUGGUGAAGAAGGUUUUCAAAAAAUGCAGGUUACUUAGAGUCCUAAACUUGGAAGGUAUACAAGGUCAGAUAGGGAAGUUGCCAAAAGAAAUUGGCUACUUGAUCCACCUAAGGUUUCUGAGUCUAAGAAACACAAAAAUUGAUGAGUUACCUCCCUCAAUAGGGAACUUAAAGUGCUUGCAAACCUUGGAUAUUCUAACAGGAAAUUCCACUGUGCAAGUACCUAAUGUAAUAGGGGACAUGAAAAGAUUGAGACACUUAUAUCUACCAGAGUCUUGUGGUGAUGGCACUGAAAAAUGGGAUCUUUGCAAUCUGAAAAACUUGCAGACCUUGGUUAACUUCCCAGCAGAGAAGUGUGAUGUGAGAGAUCUUAUGAAACUAACCAAUUUAAGAAAAUUGGUGAUAGAUGAUCCUAAAUUUGGAGAUAUCUUCAAGUCUUCUAAUGUGACAUUUAACUACCUUGAGUCAUUGUUUUUUGUUAGCUCUGAGGAAAUAUCAGUUCUCCAAGUAGCUUUAGGAUGUCCCAAUCUUUACAAGCUACACAUAGAAGGGCCUAUUGUGAAUUUUCCUGAACCACACCAAAUUUCUCCCGCGCUUGCCAAGCUGAAGUUGCAAGGUUCUGGACUAAUUGAAGAUCCAAUGAGAACAUUGGAGAAGCUUCCCAAUUUAAGGUUGCUUGAGUUGCAACUUGAUUCAUUCAUGGGGAAGCAACUUGUUUGUUCUAGCAAAGGUUUCCCUCAGCUGAAGUCUCUGGUUGUGUCUGACUUGACCAACCUUGAAGAGUGGAAGGUGGAUAAAGGAGCUAUGCCUAGUCUUAACAAGCUUGGGAUAUCAAAUUGUACUAAGCUUAAGAUGAUUCCAGAGGGGCUAAGGUUUGUCACUAGUCUUCAGGAUUUGGAGAUCAGAUCAAUGUUUGCAGGUUUCAGAACAAAACUUGAAAAGGGAGGAGAGGAUCAUUACAAAGUCCUACAUGUGCCAACCGUGGUGUUUCAUUAUUGUGACUAUUAGAUUGUGAUGGCCAUACUUGAUAUUUCAAUUGCAAAUGAACUAUUUGGUUUCUAUUUCUAUUUUCAGGCUAUUUCUCUUGGCUCUGGUGUGAAUACCAAGAGUAAGAAGGGGAUACAGUAUAGAAUGAAAUUUUUUGUAAUACUCUUAUAGUACAUAUUUCUCCACUUUAAAUCAAGAGGCCACACGUAUGAUUAA